GUGCAGCCUCAGCUCGGCCGGGAGGAACCCCCGGCGCCCAGAUGCGGCUGGGGUGGCGCGGCGCUCGGACCCCGGCUGAGAAGCGCACCCAGGGCCAGCGAGAAGCGCGGGGAGCAGGGCGGCGGGGACAGGCGCACCCGGUUUCCUCGGGGCGUCCCGGAUCAGCGCCCCUCCGGAUCACGGCAAAAUGAAGGACCGGCUUGCAGAGCUUCUGGAGUUGUCCAGGAGCUAUGACCAGCAGUUCCCAGAUGGGGAUGAUGACUUUGACGCUCCUCACGAGGACAUCGUGUUCGAGACCGACCACAUCCUGGAGUCCUUGUACCGGGUCAUCCAAGACAUCCAGGAUGAAAACCAGCUGCUGAUGGUCGAUGUGAGACGCCUGGGGAGGCAGAACGUCCGCUUCCUCACCUCCAUGCGGCGCCUCAGCAGCAUCAAGCGCGACACCAACUCCAUCGCCAAGGCCAUCAAGACCCGUGGUGAGGGCAUCCACCAGAAGCUGCGCUCUGUGAAGGAGCUGAGCGAGCAGGCGGAGACCAGGCACGGCGCGCAGUCGGCGGUGGCUCGCAUCUCGCACGCGCACUACAGCGCGCUGGCCCGCGCCUUCCAGCAAACCAUGUAUGAGUACAACCAGGCCGAGAUGAAACAGCGCGACAACUGCAAGAUCCGCAUCCAGCGGCAGCUGGAGAUCAUGGGCAAGGACGUGUCGGGCGAGCAGAUAGAGGACAUGUUCGAGCAGGGCAAGUGGGACGUGUUCUCCGAGAACCUGCUGGCCGACGUGAAGGGCGCUCGGGCGGCGCUCAAUGAGAUCGAGAGCCGCCACCGCGAGCUGCUGCGUCUGGAGGGUCGCAUCCGCGACGUGCACGAGCUCUUCCUGCAGAUGGCUGUGCUGGUGGAAAAGCAGGAGGACACGCUGAACGUCAUCGAGCUCAACGUGCAGAAGACCCUGGACUACACCGGCCAGGCCAAGGCGCAGGUGCGCAAGGCGGUGCAGUACAAGAAGAAGAACCCCUGCAGGACCAUCUGCUGCUUCUGCUGCCCCUGUGUCAACUAGCAGCUGCCUUGGGCUGCCACUGCUCGUGGCUGGGUGGGAAACAUGUUCAGGAUGCCACUCAAAGACAUCCUGCACUGGGCCUAGGGAAAGUGUCCCUACGCCUUGCCGAGGAGUUCAGAGCGUAGAGAAAGGAAGUUGGGGUUGGGAUGCACCGGCCUGCCAGCAUAGUUGUUAGCAUCCUAUGGUUGGUUGAUGUGGGCAGAUUACCACUGGAGUUUUGUGCCGUCAUUAUAGGAUACACAGCGCUCACAUCACAGGGAGGAGCUGACGUUGCUAAGAUCAGUGUUUUGAAGACUAAGGUGAACAUAUGCGCAUACUAUGAGCACAUUAUCAAAACUUGCCUUCGUUUGUCCUUUCUAGAAAGCUCCUUGGUGCUAUUCGAUUUUGAGUGACAUUCGUUUGAGUAUUCCUUUUGAAUAACGCUGACCUUGGUGGUAAACGAUUUCAUUCCCUUCUGAUUAUCUAUUUUUGUUGUGUGAGUCCUAUGUGGAAACAUUCCUUGGCUCACUUCCCCUCCUCACUAAACUGCAUUGACCACUGUUUCCUUAUCUCUCACCUUUUACCACUUCCACCAGUAUAUAUAUAUAUAUAUAUGAAUAAUUUUCCAAAUAUUUUUAAGCACCGGAUUGAACACGCAUUCAAGUUAAACUUUGUAUCAGUCAACAUUUCAUAUAUUUUCAUAGACGACAUUUAUUUAAAACUUAUCUUUGUACUUCGUUUCCUACGAAUAUGUGUGUUAAUGUAAGUAAUAUUUUCAAUCACAUGUGCAUAAUGUGCAAGUGGAGUAAACUGGGCUUUCGUAAAUUCUGUCUAUGAACAAGAACGUUUUCUGCGAGUGUCAGUAUUAGCUGAUUGUUCUGAGUGUAGCUCAUUCCUGUCUGCGCAGCUCAGUUUGGGUCAAACUUUAUUUUGAACAAGUGUGUGCUGUCAUUAGUGAAGAUAAGUGAAGUUUGAAAACACAUGAAAUAACUAGCAAUACUAAACUGUUCUUGGAAAUUUAUCUUACUGUGAACCAUUCCUUUCAUACAUUAAAGCAGAGAGAUUUAAAGUGAAAUAAUCUUGUUUUUCAAAUAAGUCUAAUAAA